AUGUUGGAUCUCCAAGGUGAACAGCCCGAAGUGGAUGAUACUUUUGUCGUUCGAAUGAAGGCCGCCAGAGCGUGUGAUUUGUGUAGACGUAAGCGACGGCGGUGUGAACCUCUUCCCAAGCAGAGUGUUUGCAAACAGUGCCUACAAGGAAAACAGGAAUGCACUUGGGUACUACCCAUCUCUGAGACGCGUCACAAACGACGAACAAAUGUACAAAACUCUCCUGGUGAAGACUCUGAUAGUCCACAGAGCUCCAAACGGCCACGUCAUCCCCUCAUGCGGCACGAUUCUCCCGCUAUUCUUGGUGGCAGUCUCCUUUCCAUGGCUGCAUCAAUAUCUCCGCCGAAACCUUCUUUUGGCUAUGCUCUCAGCGAAACCAAACUUCGAGGGCCCACUACAAUAACCCACAUGAUGCAUUCAACUUCCACUUUUCCGACUGAACUACUGGAGGCCCAUGACAAGAAGCACCGUACUUACACUGAGAUGCAAGAGCAUGCUGGGGACGCCAUAAUUCGAGUCUCAAGCCUAGACCUCAACGACACAUUCCACCCUUCUUCUCCGAACCUCCGUGAAAUAGACUCCGUCUCUAGAUUACCUACACCGGUGUACAUGGAACCAGCGCUCAUAGAACGUCUUAUACGGUUCUAUUUCGAUGUUCAUGCCCCGCAUUUUCCUGUUGUCUCCAAGGACGUGUUCAUAUCCUCCGUGCCGUUGUCUCCGGUGCUCGUGUACGCCAUGGUCGGGAUAUCUGCGAUGACGCUCUCUUCGCGUGCACCUAAAGGCACGCUUGAAGCAGUUCAGACGAAUAUGUCCGCCCUUCGUCGAGCGGAGGACUUUCUCAACAGGAGUACUUUGCAUGAGAUCCAGGGUCAUCUCUUGUUUGCCUUGACAAUGGAGAUGGAGCAGGGUAGUGUUGGCUCGACUGUAUGGAACUCGCUGGGCUUGGCAAUCAGACAAGCCCAAGAGCUAGGUCUGCAUCGCGAAAUGGCCUCGGAUGAUCAAAUCGACCAUGUAGAGACCCGGCGUAACGUUUGGGGAGGUCUCAUCGUUGCCGACCGCUGGAUAUCCGCUUUUUAUGGCCUUCCGAUGAUGAUAGAUUUGAGUGACUGCGAUCGAAUUUUCCCAAAGGACGAAGGUUUCAGGUCCCUCAUAGAGUUAUCAAUCCUCUUGGGGCGUGUAGUCAAAAUGUGCUAUACGCCGACAGGUAUCAUCAAUGUAAAGGACGAACAGGCGCAGGCUCUGGCGAACGAGAUCCAGAGCUGGUUGUUCGCUCUACCACCGACUUUAUCCUGUGUCAAUCAUUCGCCGGAAUACGCCCCUGUGUCCGCAGGAUUAUUGAACCUCUGCUAUGUUGCUGUUCAGUUCUUCUUUGUCCGUCCGUUCAUGCGAUUGAGUCAUACGGCAGAUACUCUCAGUUUUGCGAUUACUGUCGCUGAUUGGCAGGCCCUUGCAGCUCGAGCAAGAUACGGUAUUCUCUGGAGUGAACAUCACCUUGAUCAGCUUCAGGCCUGGAGUUUUUCGCUCUAUUGCUUGUUCAUCUGCUGCCUGAUUUUGUAUCACACCUAUUACCGAUCCCGCCGCCCAGAUGAUCUCGCUGUGAUCCUGAAAGGCAGAGAUAUCAUGGGUAAAAUCCACCAUCCCGAUUGUCAUGCUAGGACAAAAAUAGCCGAAGUCAUUAGCCUGCUUAUCGAUGCAGCUACGAAUCCUCGUGAAGAUGCUGCCAUAAAACGAACCAGCAUCAACCCUACUCGGGGGGUCCAGCUACGAAAACGGGAACCUAACCUGCGUUGGAGAGCUGAUACCAAUUCGUUUGCAGGUGACCCUGACGUUGAAACCGGCGAGAAGCCCGUUCCUUCACAUCUAGUUGCAUCGCCAGCUGCGGAUGCCCCGAGCACUCCGAUCUAUUCUGGGGAUCCGCAGCCUUACCCCAUUCCAGUAAAUGUCAACCCCUCGAUGCAUGGACUCGCGGCUGCCACAAAUUUGUACGAGCCAGUGAUAACAUUUCCAGAUACUGCUACGGAUUCUUCACAACACUCACAGCGGUCAACAGAAUCUGGUAUGCCUCCUUUAAUUCGUGAGAGAUAG